AUGGGUAAUAUAUCUGCUGAAACAUGGCAGAUACUCAAUCAAAAACAUUCUGAAUUUUUAUUACGUUUAGCAAUUGAUGCACUUCUCAAUACUACUAAUAUUAUCGGCUUUAGAGAAAAUGCUCAGCAAAUUAAUCGAAUGAUUUGUAAUAUAUUACCUGUUCCUGAAGGAAAAUUCUUUAUAUCACAAGCUGUAGAUUCAGUACAAACUAAAUUUGAGGAAAAGUCCCUACCUGCUAGGUCUAACGUAUAUACCGAUAUUGUGCUAGGCUGUUUAAUUUUAGGUGAAAGUUUUUUUCAUCUAGGUAUCAAUAUCCAAGAAGUCCCGAGUAUUUCAUUCCUCAAAGAAGAAAUCAAGAAGAAGAAAGAAAAUGACUUUCGCGGUAUUGACCCCGACAACUUGAAGUUGUGGAAGGUUGAGAUCCCAGCCGGAGACAACAGGCUGAAACAACUUAUGUCUAACGCCGAAAUUGAUAUUGAUAGUAUUGCAAAAGACCUUGGAGGUGCGGUGUUUCUAGACCCAAUGUUAAAUAUCACUAGAUAUUUCCCAGAAACUUAUAAUCCUCCAGAAGAGCACGUCCACAUCCUCGUACAACCGCCAAAGCCCGCCACCACUGGGAAAAGGAAAAUGGUAGAGGACGAGGACGAGGAGUUUCGAGCAAAAAAAGAAAAACUCCAACAACAAGAUAUGGAAAAAUUUCGAAAUUUAAUUGAAAGCUUAUCAACGAUCAACACACAAGAUCAAGUGUUCAAAGUGCCAAAAUUACCGGGGGAUGAUGGAGAUAUGGCUAUUUAUAACCGAACAUGUUAUAAAUAUUUAUGUAAGUUUAUACUCGAAGAUAAAGAAUACAAGCGAUACCUUGUGACUGGCAAUCCAGGCGUCGGAAAAACAUUCUUUGGAAGAUUAAUGUUAAUAGAGCUUCUUAAGAAUAAUAAAGCAGUUUUGUUAGAUUACGAAACUAUUACGGUAUGGGUUUAUCCUUCAGGUGAAAUAUACAAGAUAGAAAACAAGACACUGUACAGGCAAAUAGCAGAACAACCAGAUGUCUGGUGUAUAAUUGACGGAAAAAGGGACCAAGUGGGUCAUGAUUUUUCUAAUGGAAAGUUAAUUAUGGUAAGUUCACCAAAGAAAGCAAUAAUUGGAGAUUUUGCAAAGCAGUGGUGCGCAGAACUAUUCAUGCCAACAUGGAAUGAGGACGAGCUUAAAGACUGUUGGAAACAUCUAUAUGAAAGAAGAUUGACUCUAAAAUCAUUAGGAGAUAAGUUCAAACUAUGUGGGGGGAUUGCAAGGUGGAUCUUUACAAUAUCACUGGAAAAUAUUGAAAUGGCCAUCGAAAAAGCAAUUAAAACAGUUAAAUCGGAAAUACUCUUUCACCAAGGCCAAGUCCUCUCAGGUGAUGAAUAUACUCAUAAAUUAAUCCAUAUACAUACCAACAUUGAAGAGAUGGGUAAAUUUUCGCCGUACACAACGUCAACUUGCUUCUUUGCAUCAAAAUAUGUAGCAGAUAGAUGCUUGGAACAAUUACAACUAAAUCAUAAAAAAGAACUAUUUGAUUUUAUCAAUAAUUCAAAGGACAUAACACAAUUGGGGGGCUUUCGUGGAACUUUGUUUGAAAUGGUCGCGCAUACGAUAAUUCGUCAAGGAGGGGACUUUCGAGUACGUGAACUCACAGAUGAUGGUACAGGAUCCGAAUCUAUUCAUAGUUUUGAUUCUCUAGAAGAAAAUUUUUUUGAUAAUAUCGGGGAGAUACAAGGACAAGUAAAAUAUUUCCGGCCAACUUCGAAGACUUUCGAAAGCAUAGAUAGUUAUGCUCAUACAAAUAAUCUAUUUCAAGUUACCGUUUCUAGGAAGCAUAGUAUAAAGCAAGAUGGAUUGAGAGCGAUAAAGGGUAUCUUGGAUGAAGAUUUUGACGUCCGUAUUUACUUUGUCUUGCCAAGUGAAAUAUUUAGAACAUUCAAAAGAAAACAGUCUUAUGAGAAUAAGGGGGAAGGAAAGGUAUUUGACUCUUGGAUUUAUAACAUAACACAGUACGCAUUAUGCGUAAAUCUUGAAUAUUAA